UUCAAGCUGAGCAGGAGGUGCGAUAUGGGGUGGUUGCAAUCUGAGCUGUCCGUGUUGCAGCCAAAGCCACAGCUUAGAAGUUUUUCUUGAGCAACAGAACAUGUCCAGCAAUUGCCUCAAGAAGAAUCAGAGAGAGGAUUUCUUCACCCAUGGUUGAAGGUCAAGCUUGGAGUGCCUUAUAUAGACAUCACUGGUCCAGUGUCCCUCACUAGUGUGGCUUCUUGCUACAGCUCCUUGCAGCCUGUGCAUUGAGGGGGUGGGGUGUGAUGGUGAAGGUUUGUAAGAGGUGUGGCACAGAGACCAUCACCUGGGAUUAUGAAGAGCCUGAUGCACCACAGAGCUCUUCCCAGGUCAACUCGAGGUCGGGAAGAUGUCGACAACGCUGGAAGACUACAUGGAGGGCAUCAUUAAUGUCUUCCACCGGUACUCUGUGAGGGUGGGGCAUUUUGACACUCUCUCUAAGGGUGGGCUGAAGCAGCUGAUCACAAAGGAGCUUCCAAACACCCUCAGGAAUACCAAAGAUCCAGCUUCCAUUGAUAAACUAUUCCAAGAGCUGGAUGCUGAUCAUGACGGACAGGUCGACUUUAGGGAGUUCCUGAUCCUGUUGGCCAGAGUACUGGAGACAGCUCAUGAAAAUAUCCACAAAGAAUAGGAAACUCUCCCAGAAUUUCUCUCCUAGCAAUGUCCCCAAGAGGUUUCUCACCCCAUCACCAACUCCCAGCCUUGCCUGAGGGAAGGGAUAGGCAAUAAAUGCACUCUUAAAACGUU